GUCAAUAACGAUCUGAAAUAUAACUUGUUAUAGUACAUUUAUACAUUAUUAUGCAUAAAUACUUGGGAUAUUUGUAACUGGCCUCUGGAACAUUUUUAGUUCGCCACGCCACUGGCUGUGAUAGAUAUUAUAUUGUAUUCAAUAUAUACGUGUCCUACUGCGCCUCUCAGUCUCAUACCAUACGCCGACGGCGGUUGUUCAAGUUCACUAUUAUAGGGCGGAUGCAACGAUCUCGAUAUUAUAUUUUAUUCUCAGGAAAUCGCACAGGGAUAAAAAAAUAAAUAUUAUUUUCGUCAUCACGUCAUUAUUACCGAUAUUGCCAAAAAUUAUAUCACGGUGUAAGAUAUGAUACGAAACCAUUUUCUAACUCAAGCGUUUCGCGAAAACGGUUGGUGUAUAGGUUUUUAAUUUUUUAUUAACGGCACCCGGUAUUAUUAGUCUGUGUAUUAUAUUAUUACACGGUAUUUCUUCAAGCAAUUUUACGUAAAUAUCACGGGAUUCAAAAAGAAUAAAAUAUUCAGGAUGUUUUCGCACUCGCCGUUGCGAUGGUCGACGUCGGUGUUAAUGCUGUCGACGCUGGCGUUGGCCGAGUUCGACGGUCGAGUUCAUCGGAACGACGAUGGUGUAUUUCCACUACCGCGGUCAUCACAGUUAUCGGCGCUCAAUGGCUCCGACGUGGCCUUUCUGGGUAAAGGUGAAAACGUACCACAGAAAGAAGAAGACGACAUUUAUCCCGAGUCGUGGGUCUCCGAUUUGUUUUACCGAGCGUUGGUUAAUUUUACUAUUCAGAACGUGGGCAGCUCCGCUUGCCAGCGACAAGUGAACAUGUACGUUAGAAACCUAAAGAAUUACACCGAUUGGGCCGUCAGAAUGGCAGAGUCUUGGAAUCGACAUCCAAUUGGCAUACUAGCAGGCAACAAAUAUCAUAUGGGUAUUUAUGACGAAUGUGUUGACAUUAAUUAUCCAGUAAAGGGACAGUAUUGUUUGUCCGAAAUACAUUUAUUUCCGCCAAUGGGGAAAAAUUACAGUUUCCAAAAGGGAACAGAUAACAUUAACGAAGUUAGCGACAAUCACGCGUGGAAAACAAUACUUGGGUGGGUCGAUUCUCCGGAUCUAGUCAAACGAAACAGUUUGAAUUUAGGGAUAUGCAUACCGGAUUCUUGUUCAGCAUCAGAUCUACAGACGUCGUUGCAAAAUGAAUUUGACAAGGUGUUUUUACCGGAGACGUUCAAAGCUGUCGUUCAAGUAGACCCGAUACUCUGUACUGUGAGUGGAGAUAUGUAUCCUUACGACAUGGCGUAUUUUUUAACCAGUGCAUUUUUCGUACUACUUGUUAUGAUCUGUUGUGGUGUGACCGUUUAUCAUUUUAUAAAACUAUCGCAUCAACAAAAUAAAACCUUAUCUGAUGACGAAUUCUUCAUUUCAUUUUCAUUUAUCAAGUCUGUCAGAGAACUAUUAAAAUAUGAUAAAACAAAUGAACUAAAUAUAGCGAAUGGUAUGAAAGUGACAACCAUGCUAUUCAUUUUAUUUGGUCACAGAUUCAUGUAUUUAGCAGGAAAUCCUUCGAGUCAUCCUCAAUUGAUCGAAAAUAUAUACAGACAUGGACCUGAUUUAUUAUUGACUAGUAUGAAUCUAGUCGAUCCGUUUUUCUUUAUUAGUGGUUUUAUCUUGUACACGACAAUCUCUCCGAUAUUCAAGAAAGUUGGAUCAGUAUGGAUAAAGCUUGCGUCACCGGUUAUCUACCGAAUAAUGAGAAUGUUACCGGCUUAUUGUGCAAUGAUGGCGAUCACAGCUAAUAUCGUACCUCAUCUUGGAGACGGGCCUCUUUGGCCUCAAAAAACCUGGAGCGAAGCCGAAACAUGUAAGAAAUAUUGGUGGACCAAUUUGCUUUUUAUAAGUAAUUUUAUCGACACUAAGUACGAAUGCCUCAUAGUGAGCUGGUACAUAUCGUGUGACAUUCAGUUCUUCAUAGUUGGAGUUGUUUUAGUUUAUGUUUACAUAAAGAACAUUAAAUACGGAAUUGGAUUGCUCUCUACCAUUAUUAUUGCGUCGAUAUUUACGCCAUUUAUAAGCACGAUUUUGAAGAAAAGUGAUGGAAUACUUAAAGUACACAUUCCAUUUUUAGAAAACCCUAGAACUUCUACAACGUUUAAUGAGUCUUACAGAGCAAGUCACUUGCGAGCCGCGCCUUUUUUUGUUGGGGUGGCAAUGAGCUUGAUUAUUAAUAAAUUGAAAGAGAAAAAAAUAAAAUUUUCUGCGAUUACCGUCUAUGGAGGGACGUUUGUUGUAACUGUGAUCAGUUUGUGGGUACAGUUUUACGGUGCUAUAUUUUAUGCUAGACAUAGACCUUAUUAUCCAUUAGAACAAGCUCUAUAUUCGACAUUCAGACAUUGGACAUGGACGGCAAUAUGUGUGUGGGUCUCUUUUUGUUAUUACACAACUGGUUACGGUCUUUUAUCAAAAGUUUUUGAUAACAGAUUUAUUGUACCCAUGGGGAGACUUUCAUACUCCGUUUUCUUAGUGAACCUAAUCGUUAUGAUGAUGUCUCAGAGUUCUCAAAGACUGCCCAAUUAUUUAUCAGCAAAAUCGUUGUUGGAUGCUUGGAUAUACGAUACAUUUAAAACUUAUUUAAUGGCCUUAGCAUUACACUUAGUCGUAGAAGCACCGUUUGGAAAUUUGACUAGACAAAUGUUCGGGCGAGGGAAAAAGAGUGACUCGUCUAUAAGAAACGAAAUACCAAUUGAAAAAACUACAACUGUGGAAACUCCAUAAAAAGUUAUGACUCAUUUAUAAUAAGUAUUAACCGAUUAAAUCUUAAAACAUAAGCUGAAUAGAUAUUACCUUUUUUUUAUAUAUUAUAUAAACUAUAUUAUAAUUCAAUUCUCAUCGGAUUUGAUUACAAUUAAAGCAGGGUUUUUUUUAAUGAUUUUUUCUGACAGCACAAACUUAUUCCCACUCUUGGAUUAUAGUAGGGAAUUCGUUUACGCAGACCAAACCCUACAGUUUGUUAUCCGUUGAACUGUUACGGGCGGCUCCAGGGGGGCCCUAGGACCCCCCCCCCCCAAAGCUGUAUUUCUUAACAAAAUUAAAAACAAAAUUACAAAAAAAAUCAUCGACAUUUUCUGAAAGUUAUGACUUGGUAACCACUAACCCCCUUAUCAUGUCUCUGAAGCCGCUCCUGUGGACUGUGCCGGCUAUACUACCAAGUACCUACUAACCUACUGUCUACUGUAUACUGUACUAUUUACAUUUUAUACUUUUAUAAGACUGCAUAGUGCAUAUGGGUACUCAGAAACGAUAUUAUGUAAAAACAUAUAAAUCCCGAUUCUCUCAUGAUAUAACAAAUAAAUAAUUUUAUAUUAAUGCACUACUUUUAUUGUACAUUUGUAAAAAUAAUUUUAAAAUUUUGUUUGUAAAUAAUAAAUAUAAGUAAUAAUACCUACUUACUAAGUAAUAAUUACUUGAAGUAUGUAAUUUGUAAUAAUAAUUAUUUAUAAAAAUAAAAACAAUCAAUUAACGAGGU